GUGGCGCAGGCGCGCUGGGGGCGGCUGCUGCGGCGGCGGCGGCGGCUGUGAGGAGCGCGGCGCGGCGGGGCGGGCGGCCCAUGGGGCCGGGCCGCGCUGCGGAUGGAGCCGCUGCGCAACGGCGGCGCCACGGAGGAGAAGUCACGGCGGCGCGGCGUGGCGGGGGCGGACGCCGGGCCCCCGCGGCGGCGGAGCAGCAGCAGCGGAGGCGGCAGUGGCUGCUCCUCCUCGGCGGGCGUUGACAGCGCGGCCGGGCCGCAGCCCCGCGAACGGGGCGGCUCCGUGAGCCGGCAGCGCCGGGACUCGGUCCGCAAGAACCGCCCGCUCUUUCCUUGGUUCGGCUUGGACAUCGGGGGGACCUUGGUCAAGCUUGUUUAUUUCGAACCGAAGGACAUCACCGCCGAAGAGGAGGAGGAAGAAGUGGAAAACCUCAAAAGCAUCCGCAAGUACCUGACGUCCAACGUGGCCUACGGCUCCACGGGCAUUCGGGACGUGCACCUCGAGCUAAAGGACCUUACCCUGUGUGGACGUAAAGGCAAUCUGCACUUUAUACGCUUUCCUACUCAUGACAUGCCCGCUUUUAUUCAAAUGGGAAGCGAAAAACACUUUUCAAGCCUCCAUACUACCUUAUGUGCCACGGGAGGUGGAGCGUACAAAUUUGAGCAGGACUUUCGCACAAUGAGUGACCUUGAGCUUUGUAAGCUCGAUGAACUCGAUUGCCUUAUUAAAGGAGUUUUGUACAUCGAUUCGGUCGGAUUCAAUGGGCAUUCGGAGUGCUACUAUUUCGAGAACCCGACGGAUGCCGAACGGUGUCGGAAGCUCCCGUUCAACCUGGAGAACCCGUAUCCUCUCCUCCUGGUGAACAUCGGCUCGGGGGUCAGCAUUCUGGCCGUGUAUUCCAAAGAAAACUACAAGCGGGUCACGGGCACCAGCCUGGGAGGGGGAACGUUUUUUGGGCUCUGCUGCCUGCUGACCGGCUGCUCCACGUUUGAGGAGGCGCUGGAGAUGGCGUCGCACGGGGACAGCACCAAAGUGGACAAGCUGGUGCGGGACAUUUACGGGGGGGACUACGAGCGGUUCGGGUUGCCCGGUUGGGCUGUGGCCUCCAGCUUUGGGAACAUGAUGAGCAAGGAGAAGCGGGACUCUGUCAGCAAAGAGGACCUGGCCAAGGCCACUUUAAUCACCAUCACCAACAACAUCGGCUCCAUAGCGCGGAUGUGCGCGCUCAACGAGAACAUUAAUCGCGUGGUGUUCGUUGGCAACUUCCUUCGGAUCAACACGAUCUCCAUGAGGCUUCUGGCGUACGCGUUGGACUACUGGUCGAAGGGGCAGUUAAAAGCACUUUUCUUGGAACACGAGGGUUAUUUCGGUGCCGUCGGUGCUCUGCUGGAGCUCCUGGAUUCAGCCUGAGUCCCUACAGAUUCUAUAUGUUGGACCUAUGGAGUUGGGGCGCUUCCCCGGUCACCAAACCCACAUUUCACUUCAGACCAUCCGUUCGCUGUUUAAUUGCGGGUGACCCGAUGGGAACGGGCAAGGCCUGUCGAGUUUCUAUCUGUAAACUGUUCAAACCGAUCUUCAGUUCCAAUGCGGGUUUGUUCAAAAGAGAGAACGUCUGCCAAUCCGCCGCCGGCCCGGCAGCGACGCUUUAUUCCCCUCGGCGCUAUUUCGCUACGUCGUUCACAUGAUUAGGGAUGAAAGGUAAAACCCAAAUCCCACACUGGCUCUCAUUUCAACCACACGACGCUUUGGGGCUGCCGUGGGGCCCGAGUGUCCAUCAACCUCCGCCCUUUUGAUCUACAAGCAAGUUUGAAGAUGAAAUAGUAUUUCUUUUCCUGUUUGUUGUGUUUUUCUCUCUGUUGUUAAACUUGGCUGCACAUAAUUAUACCAAAGAGAUGUUUUUUUUCA